CGUCACACAUUUACUGUACUGCAUCCUCGACACUGUCAAAUUGUGUCUCACUACAGGACUGUCGAGGUCCAAGAAUACAAGCGAGGAGACAAAUUAAUUUGAUUCAGGAAUCUAGAGGAAGUGAAGGAUAAUAAAUCCACUGUACACAGACGACCUCUGCCUUCUACUGUCAGCUGCUCUGCAUCAGCGGCCAUGGAGGAUAACGAGUGUGACUCUGUCUUCGAGACCCAGAUCAGAGAGGAGCAUGUGGAGACUCUGUUUGGAAAUGUCCACUGCGUCAUGACAGGGACGCCCAGGGCAAGCCGCCCCGUCAUCCUCACCUUUCACGAUGUCGGACUGAACUAUAAGACCUGUUUUGAGACUCUCUUCAGCCAUGAGGACAUGCAGGAAAUUGUCGGACACUUUCCUGUUUGUCACGUUGAAGCACCAGGACAACAUGAGGGGGCCAAAACUCUCCCUUCUUCGUAUACCUACCCUACCGUGGACCAGCUGUCCGAAGUACUGCCCGCUGUCCUCAAACACUUUGGGUUGCGAAGUGUGAUUGGAAUUGGAGUCGGAGCAGGAGCCUACAUCCUGGCUAAAUUCGCUCUAAUUCAUCCUGAUCUGGUGGAUGGAUUACUUCUGAUCAACAUCAACCCCAAUGCGGAAGGAAUGAUUGAUUCUGUUGCAACCAAGAUCACUGAAUGGACCCACACUCUCCCAGACACAAUUAUCUCACACUUGUUUGGAACGGAGGAGAUCCAGACCAACCACGACCUCAUCGCUACGUACCGUCACCACAUCACAACAACAAUGAACCAGUCCAACGUGAGUCAGUUCUUGCGCUCCUACCACAGCCGCAACGCCCUGGAUGUGGAGAGGCCUGUUGCUGGGACAAAUAUCAACGUCAGAACACUCAAGUGCUCCACUCUGCUGAUUGUGGGAGACAACUCUCCUGCUGUGGAACCUGUGGUCGACUGCAACUCAAAACUCAACCCCACCAAGACCACACUGCUCAAGAUGUCGGAUUGUGGAGGACUUCCUCAUGUGGAACAGCCAGCCAAAGUGAUUGAAGCCUUCAAAUAUUUCAUCCAGGGCAUGGGAUACUUGUCCAGUGUCAGUAUGACCAGACUCCGCUCCCGGACGACUUCCAGCUCUAGCAUCUCAUCCUUCGAUGGCUCUCGGAGCCGCUCACACACCAACGAUUUGCAGCGAGGCCGCACACACUCGCAGGGCCCCGAGGACAAGCGCGGGCCCUCACACACCGACAGCUCCAUGGAGAGUGUUCCCAUCAAUAAUAUGAGCCACAGCGUCUCAAAGUCCACUGAAGUGGCAUGUUAGAGCCCACAGGCCCCUAAUUCCCUUGCACUUACUGUACUUAAAAUUAAACCUCACCGUAUCUACACAUCUUGAACCUAUGUUCUGUCUUCACUUUCCCAUUGACACCCCUCUUCAUUCAGCGAUGCCCUUUUAUCUGCACUAUCUCCGGCUGAAGGGUCACAGGUCAUACCUCAGUGUGACUUUUCUCCCUCCCUCUGCUCUCUACUCUGUAUGUCUACCUCUAUUGUCUUCUUCUUUACUAAAUGUUUUCCUCUCUUUCCCUGCUCAUAUCCUUCUAUUUGUCGACUUUUUACCACUUUCCUCUUUGACCCUGACCUGCAAGCUUCAGCACUGUCUGAUGAAUACAAGGAUACACACUACAUGUGGUAAACAUAAAAGUGUAAAUGUAUUCUUUAAAGAAGGAAUCCUCAGGCUAAUGCAAUUAGUACUUCUUUGUAAUGAAUAAUAGAAAUAUGUAAAGAUGAGAUAUUGUCCAGUGUGAAAAUUGUACAUUCAUAACUGCUGAGAUGUGUAUUGAUUGUAUUCCACAGUGACAGCUGUGUAAAUAUAUCAUUGUAGUUCACAAUAAUGAUUUAAAUUGGAUCUGCUUUCAGUUUUCCAGUGAGUGAUAUACAUUUAAAUAGUUUAAAACGAUUCGAUGUAAAUAUUUCCUGUCUCUUUCAGUGAUAAAACAUUUUAAGGUUAACGAAAUAUGUGCACUUGCAGCUUUCAGUGACUGAAGAUUGUACAUCUGUGUUAUAACCACUAGAUGGAGCUCUCUGAUCUCCUCCGUUGUUUUUCUUUGCACGUCUUGGGUGUUACUGAGUCAGGUUAUGAAGACAUUGCAUUGUUUUUACCGUUACAUUCACAUCACACUGGUUUGGGUGCAAAUACAACUUCUGUAUAGCAUCACCGUUUUUUUUAGGGAUCUUAUAUACCCUCCUCCUUUCAGUUAGAAGUGCAUUGUAUAAUUAUAAUUUUUGUUGUUUCAUGUGCAGGGUCCCUGAGGCUUUAGACAUAUAAAUAAUUUAGGACAAGAAUCAUUCCUUAAUGAAAACACUACAGAAUUCUGUGAGCACAGCGUUACUACUCAUCAAUUCAGUUUCUAUACCCACAGUAUACAGUCUAGUUUUACUGCAAAGAGUAUUACUGGAGGAGGGGCUGCAACUGGCUCAGGUUUGCUUGGCUGAUUCCUCUUUCUCCCAUGCCGUUUGAUAUUAUAGCGGAAUGAAUUCACACUAACUAUAAUACGUUUUUCCCGGCAGCUGCCAAACUGUGUGACUGUCAGAUUCAGAAAGUAUUUGUGGGGUUUACCGGUGACCCAGAGAAUAUGAUGCAACUCUGGUGCCAUGAGUUUUAAUCCACCUGAGUAUGACCCUUCCUCGCACCAUCAUCACUUUUCUGAGUGGAUAGAAAUAAUCUCUGAAUUGAGUGUGUGUGUCUGCAUGCAUUUGUGUGUGUGUGUGUGUGUGUGUGUGAAUUUUAGAUGCAUGCAUAAAUCUAAAGUGUGUGUAGGUGGGAGUGUGUGUGGAUGGAUUGUUUUGGGGUUGUGACUGUGAGACAGUGGAAACACAGACACAAGACAGCACGAUGGCAGUCAUCAAAAUCAAAAAUGUUGUGUCUCACUGUCUCUCUCUUUGUGUGUGUAGGGUGGGGGGUUGCAUUUUUUAUUUCAAAGCCUCUAUUGUUUGGCUUAUAUUAUGUUACUGUGAUGAAUUAUGCAUGACAGAAAUCUCUAAAGAUUUCAUUUAAACACGAGACAUCA